AUGCAGCUACUGACUUGGCUUGUGAUUUGCCUGGCCUGCUGCUUCUGCUCCAUUUGCGGACUAAAAUGCCGAUCGCAAGAAGGAUUUGGAGAGGCUGAGCUGAAGAGAACCGUUCGCAGCUGUAUGCACCGCCAGGACGAAGACGAGGAUCGAGGACGAGGUGUGAGCAGACAAGGAAACGGAUAUGGCUACGACUUCGGAAGGAGUCAGGAUGAAGAGCAGGAUCGGGAUAGGAAUCAGAAUAGCAGGAUUAGUUAUGGCAACAGGAGGCAGAGGGGACUCAAACAGUCGGAGAACAGGAACAACACAAGCGGCGAUGGAGGUCAGUGUGUUGCCCAGUGCUUUUUCGAGGAGAUGAACAUGGUCGAUGGCAACGGGAUGCCGGAUCGGCGCAAGGUGAGCUACAUGCUGACCAAGGACCUGCGGGAUCGGGAGCUUCGCAACUUUUUCACGGACACCGUGAUGCAGUGCUUCCGGUACAUGGAGAGCAGUGGAAGGGGCAGGCACAACAAGUGCUCGGUGUCCAGGGAACUGGUCCAGUGCAUGUCGGAGUACGCGAAGGCGCAGUGCGAGGAUUGGGAGGAGCACGGCAACAUGCUCUUCACCUAGCCCCCAGCUUACCCCACU